CCAAACUCAAGGUCAGGAGACAGUGAUCCCAAGGACUACUGCUUUUAUAUUAUUGACCAGAGAGAGCAUACUAUUCCUGAAAGAUGUUGAAAUUCCUGAUUAUAAGUGUCCUUUUCAGCAAGAUGCCUGGAUAUCUUAUGCAGGAGGAUAUGAAUGGUAAAGUGUUCUUGUUCCCUGAAGAGUCGAACAGUUCAUAUGUAAAGCUCCUGCCUGAAAAAAGUGGCCCAUAUAAAGCCCUGUCUGUCUGCCUGAGAUACUACUCAUGGCUUUACCGAGGGUUCACCUUAUUCUCUCUUGCUACCUCUGAUAUCAACAACGAUUUCCACUUGUUCUACUCCCCCAGGCAUUAUUUUCGCGUUUCGGUGGGAAAUGAAGACUUGAUUUUCAAAGGAAUAAACCUUGAAACAUGGAGAAGCCUCUGUGCCAGCUGGGACUCUUCAUCUGGAGUAGUGGAGAUAUGGAUUCAUGGCAACCCAUACCCAAGAAAAAUCUUCCAAAAGGGUCACAUUAUAAGUAAAGAUCCUAGUAUCAUAAUUGGUCAGGAGCAGCUGUUGCAUGGGAAUUAUUUCAAUAUCACCCAGUCUUUUGUUGGGGAAAUAAGUGAUAUCCACAUGUGGGAUACAGCUCUGACCUUUAAGAAUAUCUCUGAUGUUCUUCAAUACAAUAACCUGACUGGUAAUGUGAUCAGCUGGAGUUCUCUAAAUUAUAAAGCUGAAGGACAUAUUGCUGUACUGCCAUGUUUAAAGAGCAUGUAUCCCAUUUCUACAUGCAACUGAAAUACCAUGUCUUGGAGCUCAAUUAUCAACAUGGGUGCUAAAUUGCACAAUUUAGCAAUUUGUUAUGAUCUUAGAAUACAACAUAAUCAUCUGAUUGGUUUUCAAGGGUAACUAUACCAGUGCAAUGCAACAGUUUGUGAAUAAACAAAACUGUCUUUUUCUUGUAAAAUAAAAACAUCUCAAUUUUUGCCAAUAAUAUCUUUAUAAAUGUAAUUAUAUUCAUUAAAAAAGCAUUUUCUAGCUUGCUUUCAUUUCAAA